GUACCGCAUGUAAGAACUUCUGAUGCUAAGAUUGAUGGAAGGAUAUGAAAAUCCGUUGGAUUUGAACCGACAAAGCUUCUUCAUAAAACUACACCCAAAGUCAAGAAUAACGCGCACACACUAACUUAAACUCCCAAAUCUAAACACAGCACAGUUUCUUGGCUACUUUCCCACUCACCAAUGGUGAAACAGAGAACCCCCCUCAAAAGACAAUGCCAGAAAGCGAAGCCGAGGAGCAAGACAAACUGAAUUGGAAAACUGAAGAUUCCAAUGAUAAACUCAACUGAUCAUCUCAUCUUUUCAUUCUCACUGUUACUAAUCCUAGCGUUUACCCAACAUCAUGCGGCUAUUUCCGACCAAGCCAACGCGCCAUUCGUGGGCGUGAACAUCGGCACAGACGUCUCCAACCUCUUACCCGCACCAGACCUCGUCAACUUCCUCAAACACCAAAAGAUCACUCACAUCCGUCUCUACGACGCCAACCCCGACAUCCUUCGCGCCCUGUCGGGCACCGACAUCCACGUCACCAUCAGCGUCCCCAACAACCAGCUCCUCGCAAUCGGUUCCUCCAACGCCACUGCCUACUCCUGGAUCCGCAAAAACGUCGCCGCAUUCCGCCCCGCCACCCGAAUCUCCGCCGUCUCAGUCGGCGACGAGGUCCUCACCACACUCCCCUCCGCCGCGCCGCUCCUCCUCCCCGCACUCCUCUCCCUCCACGCCGCCCUCGUGGAGUCCAACCUCCACAAGGACGUGGUGGUUUCCACUCCUCACUCCGCCUCCAUCAUCCUCAACCCUUUCCCGCCCUCUCAGGCCUUCUUCAACCAAACCCUCGAGUCCUUCGUCCUCCCUCUCCUCCAUUUCCUCUCUCAAACCAAUUCCCCCUUAAUGCUCAACCUCUACCCCUACUAUGUCUUCAUGCAGAACAAAAACCUCGUCCCUCUCGAUAACACGCUUUUCAAGACCCUCCCCGCUUCCAAACAAAUGGUUGAUCCCAACACUCUUCUUCACUACACCAACCUCCUCGACGCCAUGAUCGACGCUGCGUACUUCUCCAUGAAGAACCUCAAUGUCUCUGACAUCGUCGUUCUUGUCACGGAAACCGGCUGGCCUUCCAAAGGGGACUCCAAAGAACCCUAUGCCACACUUUCCAACGCUGUCACAUUCAAUUCGAAUCUUAUUAAGCAUGUUUUGGAUCGGAGUGGCACCCCUUUGCAUCCCGAAAUCACUUCUAGUGUUUAUAUAUAUGAGCUUUUUAACGAAGAUUUGAGGUCCCCUCCUCUGUCUGAGGCUUAUUGGGGUUUGUUUUAUGGGAAUGCUACGCCGGCUUAUUUGCUUCGUGUGUCUGGGGUUGGGGCUUUUCUGGCCAGUGAUAAUGCUAAUCAGACAUACUGUGUUGCUGGGGAUGGUGUUGAUUUGAAGGUUUUGCAGGCUGCGUUGGAUUGGGCGUGUGGACCAGGGAGAGCGAAUUGCUCUGAGAUCCAGCCUGGGGAGAGUUGUUUUCAGCCGAAUAAUGUUAAGAAUCAUGCUUCUUAUGCUUUUGAUAGCUAUUACCAGAGUCAGGGGAAGUCUCCUGGAUCUUGUGACUUCAAAGGGGUAGCCAUGAUCACAACCACUGACCCCAGUCGCGGCAGCUGUAUAUUUCCUGGAAGUAGGAGUUUAAGCAACAAGACAAAGCAAGUAGUGAACAUCACUCACUCAAGCAAUGCAGGGGAUAAUUUAAGGUUAAGAGCCUUUAGAAGCAUUGAAAUAAGUGCAAUCUACAACAUUCUGCACAAUUACUUGGUUGCUGUUUUCCCCCUUUUGUUGUUAUUCGUUCUUUGAGGCUAAAAAGGAAAAAUUAUUAGUCUUUUUGAGGUGGUAGGAUUUAUAGGAUUAUUCUGCAUCUCUUAGAGCAAAUGAUUUCUGAAUGGCCUGCUGUUCUAAAACUUAGUCCUUAAGAUAGGUGCUCCUUUCAAGAAAGUGAAAAGGGAGUGUGGUUGUAAUUAAAUAUGUAUUGUGAAAUUAUAGUUGUUAAUCAAUCUUUGUAGUAUACAUAAUGGAA